UGAACAUCAUCAGCGAGCUGGUUUAGCUUCGGUUGCUGAGUACAAAAUUGCAUUUGGGUGUGUGUCUGUGUAGCUCAUGUAGACCGUCUUGAAGUCCAGCCUGCAGCUUUUCUUUUCGUGUGGUUCAUCAUUACCAUUCAUUUCUUCUCGUAAUGCCAGCAUACCAUUCUCAGUUCAACGAUGGCGACUAUCAGUCAGUUGGCAAUAUGUUUCUUUUGCCAGUAAAAACUAAAUACCGCGGCAACGCACCUAUAGCGGAUCCUAACGCUGAAGAUGUUGUCGAUGAAGCUAUCACCCUCUUCCGCGCCAACUGCUUGUUCCGAAACUUUGAAAUCAAAGGCAAUGCAGACCGCGUCCUCAUCUAUCUGAUCCUUUACAUUUCUGAGUGUCUCAGCAAAAUCAACAAGAACACACCCCAAGGCGACGCGUUCAAGCAGUUGAGCACGUUGGCCGUCUCGAACUUUGCUAUUCCCGGUGAUCCCAACUUUCCAUUGAACGCCAUGUAUGCUGCCCCUUCAGACAGAUACCAGACCGAUCAAAUGCGGCAAUAUGUACAGCAACUGCGUCAAGAGCUUGCUUCUCGACUGGUGGAGACGAUUUUUGUGGAUGGGAAGCCAAGCAAGUGGUGGAUGUGUUUCUCAAAGAGAAAGUUCAUGAACUUGAGCCUUUAGACAACAAUUUUUUUGACGAUGAUGGGUAAUGAUGAGUAUUAUUAAUAUAUUACACAUCAAGCGAAAGAAAUAAUCACGUGUAUUGAAGUAGUAUGU